CGAGGUCGCGCGGCUUUUCAAGAUGGCGGCGGUGGCGGGAGCUCACUGGGAGAAGCGGCUUCUGUAGGGCCUUCUAGUUUGGCUGGUGCUCUCGCUCUAAUCUCAGCGUCAGCAGCACGGGUCUUCUAAUGUUAAUCAGCGGACCUGAGAAAGAAGUAAACAGUCAAAAUGGGACGGAGGUCAACGUCUUCCACCAAGAGUGGGAAGUUCAUGAAUCCCACCGAUCAAGCUCGCAAGGAGGCCCGGAAAAGGGAGCUGAAGAAGAACAAGAAGCAACGUAUGAUGGUGCGAGCAGCUGUGCUAAAAAUGAAGGAUCCCAAGCAAAUCAUUCGGGACAUGGAAAAACUUGAUGAAAUGGAAUUUAACCCAGUACAACAACCCCAACUAAAUGAGAAGGUACUGAAGGACAAGCGUAAGAAACUGCGUGAAACUUUUGAGCGUAUUCUGCGGCUAUACGAGAAGGAGAAUCCAGACAUCUACAAGGAGUUGCGUAAACUAGAAGUGGAAUAUGAGCAGAAGAGAUCUCAGCUCAGUCAGUACUUUGAUGCUGUCAAGAAUGCCCAGCAUGUUGAAGUGGAGAGUAUCCCCCUGCCAGAUAUGCCUCAUGCUCCCUCCAACAUUCUCAUCCAAGACAUCCCUUUGCCUGGAGCACAGCCACCCUCUAUUCUCAAGAAAACAUCAGCCUAUGGACCUCCCGUCCGGCCUGUUUCUGUACUUCCACCUCCUGGGCAUGGUGUUCCUCGGUUACCUCCUGGCAGGAAGCCACCUGGACCUCCACCAGGGCCCCCGCCACUUCAAGUCUUGCAGAUGUAUGGGCGUAAAGUAGGAUUCUCGCUAGAGCUGGCCCCUCGUAGGAGAGAGGAGGAGGUGUCUUACAGUCCAGAGACAGGUCCUCGAGGACAUGAUGAUGAGGCUUCCAGCACCAGUGAAGAUGAGGGCUAUCCUGAGGACAUGGAUCAGGACAAGCAUGACGACUCUACUGAUGACAGUGAAAGUGACAGGACUGACGUGGACAGUGAAGGGGAGGAGUUAAUGCAUCUCGAUGACAAUUCUGAGAGGGAAGGUGGGGAAGACAAGAAAUCAGGUCAUAGUGUACGGUUUGCUGACAUGCCUGGAAAAUCACGGAAAAAGAAAAAGAACAUGAAGGAGCUCACUCCACUUCAGGCCAUGAUGUUACGAAUGGCUGGUCAAGAAAUUCCUGAGGGUGGCAAAGAGAUCGAAGAAUAUUCUGAAGAUGACGACGAUGAUGAUGAAGAUUCAGAUGCUGAAGAGACACCCCAGCAGCCAAGUACAGAAGAAUCCCACACGGAGACUGCACCAUCGGUGCCCUCCCAAGCCACCCAGCAACAGCAGCAGCCACCCCCUCAGCCUGUUCCUCCAGUUCAAAUGCAGGCACCUCCCAUGCCAGGGCCACCUCCUCUUGGACCACCUCCAGCACCACCCUUGAGGCCUCCGGGGCCACCAACUGGCCUUCCUCCUGGGCCUCCUCCAGGGGCUCCUCCAUUCCUCAGGCCACCAGGAUUGCCUGGAUUGCGCGGACCAUUACCACGACUUUUGCCACCAGGACCACCCCCUGGCCGGCCUCCUGGCCCUCCACCUGGUCCACCUCCAGGUCUGCCUCCUGGCCCUCCUCCAAGGGGACCCCCACCUCGUUUACCACCUCCAGCUCCACCAGGUAUCCCACCUCCUCGUCCAGGCAUGUUGCGUCCGCCUCUGGUUCCUCCACCUGGAAUAUUUCCACCAGCUCCGAUUCCAAAUCCUGGAGUACUAAGUGCUCCUCCCAGCUUGAUCCAGCGCCCCAAGGCAGACGAUACCAGUGCAGCCACCAUUGAGAAGAAAGCCACAGCAACUAUUAGUGCCAAGCCACAAAUUACAAACCCCAAGGCCGAGAUCACUCGCUUUGUACCCACGGCCCUGCGAGUCCGCCGAGAGAACAAGGGGACUUCUGCUUCCACUCAGAGGAAACCUGAUGACGAACCUUCUGUUCAGAUAACCAAAGCAACCCCUAAAGCUGGCUCUUCUGCCCCUGUCUCAGUGCAGACCAAGGAUGAUGUGUAUGAAGCUUUCAUGAAGGAAAUGGAGGGGCUACUGUGACAAUCCUUUUCCUGUUUAACCUUUGUAUCUGCUGUACUGAGAUCAGACUACUCUGUUUGGAGAGGUGGUUCCUAAGUUAUAGUAGCAUUCAGCAGAACUGCUGUUCCUUUUGUAACAAAGAAUAGUCCCUCCAUCCCAGUUGUGUUUCAGGUUGGGGUCCAGAUACUGGAAGAAGAGUAUAAUCACCCUCUGCUCCCUAAUUAAAGGCUAAAUUUGGGAGUGCAGUCUCCUACAUUGUGGUCUUUCAUUUUGAGACAUGUCAGCGAUUCCAUGGAAAAUUUCUUGUCUCUUGAAUGGUUGAAGGGAAGAAUAAAUUUGAGGAACCACAACAUAUUGGUGAAGUAUCUCCUACACAUAUCCCUGAUCAUCAGGAUUGUAUGUUCAGUUUUGUUGACUCUCUGUAAAUAUUUUUGUAAUGCAGUUUUAGUUGAGUGAAAUAAAUUGGAUAUAUGCUGUCUUAGAGAUGGGCAGGCUACAUGGUAUGCAGGCAUCUUGCACCCUGUAUGUUCUACAGUCACCAUGGUGGCUUUGUGCUGAUGAGGAAUAUUGCUGUCUCAUGAAAGAGAAUAAAUAUUUGAUGUACUACA